GGCUAGAAUAACAGAUGACGAAGGGAAAGUAGACAAUGUCUCCUGAAUCAUAUCUUUUUCUGUGAGUUUUAUCCCACAGAAAUUGAGGUGUGCUUGUAGUUGUCAAUCCAUGGGGAGUAUUUCGUAUCUAGUUAGGGAGAAAUUUCAACUCUAUAAUCAUUUACUUGAUCUGAAGAGAAGAUAUCAGGAUAUACUUAACGAUGUACCUUCACCCAGUCGAAAUUAUCAUCUUUCACAAACAGGAUAUCUCAUCAACUUCACCAAGAAGAGGUGGGAAUCAAUUUACAUACCACCAUUAGAAGAACAAUUUGUUCAUGGAGUUGUGAAUACGAAAAUGGUAGAAGUGAAGGAGCAAUCUGAUGAUUUAGCAUCGACGAUGCUUACCAAAGAAGUUUUUUAUGCGACAAUGGAGAAAUAUUUUGGUAAGAAAAACUGCAGUCAUGAAGAUCCAGAAGGAGAUUCAAAAAUUACUUCAAAGUCAUCGGAUGAAGAAGAUCCCACUAAAUCAAUUGGAAUCGACUACCUAAUUCCUACUUCUGAUUCUGAAGACUUCAGUGUUGUUACAUCGGAAGAAGCAAAAUCCAUUCCUACUUCUGUUCAGCUAGAUUCUUCUUCUCAAGUCCUCAAUAGGGUUGAAUCUCAGAAAGUUAGCUCAAUUUCCGCUGGCGCUGUUAAAGACAAUGAUGGUUCAUCCGAUUAUUUGAAUUUUCCAUUUAAUGAAACUGCAAAGAUAGAUGUUAAGGACUUCGCAUUGAUGAAUCAAAUCAAAAUUGGUGAGGUAAAUUAUUCUUCCCUAGAUUUUCAUUUCAACAAAUUCGAGAAGAAAUUCGCAAAUCAUGAAGACUUGAAGAAGUUCAACACCUCAUAUGGUAUUUGUGUGGAUUGUUGUUCUUUUCUCCUUGAUAUCACUCGUUCGUUAUUUGAUCGAGAGGGAGAUAGAUUUUUGUUUCUCUUAUUGGCGAGAGUGGUGAGCUCUAGCAAGACAAACAAAUGGUAUGCUCAGGUGUUUGGUAUGAAGGGAGCGGAAAUUUUUUUCUUACAGCUCAAGUGUGAGUUGCUCGCGGUGAUUAAACUGGGGGUAUCCAAAUGUCAGAAUUCUCCUCCGUGUUACAGCUAUGUGGUCAAAAUGGCAAUGCUCAGAAGCAUGCUUACCAGUGAUCAUAGUGGUGUUUGUUUCUAUCUUUAUUUUGUUGCUACUCAUCCCCUGUUUGAUCGCGGAAAAUGGUAUAAUUGGUCCAAGGUAAUGGCUAAUUACAAUGGAAAUUGUGUUAUUGCACUUAUUUUCAAAUUGGGAUACCUAGGGAAGUUGCUACGGAAGAGCUCGGUUACACUUAUAUUGGUUACAUGGGUUGAGACUGGUGUUGUUUGCAAGCUGUUGGAUAAAAGGUUACAACAGGCUGUGAAGGAAUUAUUUGAUCAACUACAUCACAGUAGUAGCUACAGUUUCGGGGACUCUCUAAUCUUGCAGCUGGGAAAUGGUUCACGAAAUUUGCUAUAUAUCCAUGUUUUCGCAAGACAAUAUGCUGGUGAAUUGUGGAUUCUCUCAAAGCGGCCUAACUAUAAGCUUGUGUUUCUUUCUCUUCGCGCCAGCAAGCUGUGUGGUGUGUCUUUGCAGCGGGGAAUCGAAUUAUGCUUGCUUCCUCUCUGUUUGUGGUGUAUCGCAAGUGUUGAGGCUUUCACUUGGAUUUUUACUUGGCUGCCAGAAGGACCCAAAUCUACAGUUGAUGGUAGUAAUGAAUAUUGUUCUGGUAGGAAUGCAUUUCUUGUAGAGGGGUGAAAAUCAAAGAGCUGCUUGUCAUGGUUGAUGGUGGUGUAUGUUUUUAUGGAUACAUUCCGUUUGGUUCCACCUGAUAUACGGAGUUUGAGGAGUGUUGAAAUGAAAGUUCAAUUCUCAGUUAACUUUGAUGCAAACUGGACUACUCAUUCUAAGAACUUUUGGGUUGUUUUUGUUUACAUAAAAGUUUUAUGGAGCAAUGGCGAAGAUUAUAUUCGUGAACAUGGUUUCGCUAAUGCUUCUGAAUUGUGGAGGCGUAGUGCAGGUACACACAGAAAUGAGAAUUCUGCCAUGAUUGGGUUUUUGUACUGCAAUCAACUUUUGCCGUUGGUAUAUCCGCCGACAAAGGGUUGCAUCCGGUUAGAGUUUUUACGAGGGUUAAAAAGCACUCAGUUAGGGAUCAUGAUGUUUAUAGACCCAACCGUGCUAAUGUUGGGGGUAUCCUUGCGAUGGAAACCUGAAGAAAAUGGCGUAACUAAUCUCCAUUAUGUACUGAUGAGCAUCCCCAGUCAGGGUGGAGAUGUUAACGAGUCUGCAUCAAGAUUUAAUCUCACUAGAGCUGUGACCUUAAUGUUUCUCAUAGUAUUCAAUUUUGUGCUGAGGCUCCAAACUGGUGUUUUACAGGUGCACGUGUCUGUCUUGAUCAGUAUUGCAGUUGCGGUGCAGCUACAUGAAACUUGCUGCUGUAAUAUUGACGCGAUAAGUAGGCGGAUAUGGGAAAUGUUUAGCAAUUCUAGUGUUGAAGUCAUUGCUUUAACAUCAAUCCAAUUUUACUUUGGAUGAAGACUUAUUUAUUUGACAAAACUACGUAUUAUUCU